GACGAGGAUCAUUCCGAGAGUAUCAUGCCCGACUACUAUCGCGCCCCUGAAGUCAUCCUGAAAUUGAACUGGGAUUACAAAGUCGAUAUCUGGAGUGUUGCCAUGGUGGCAUGGGAUCUAGUCAGCCCGAACACCAUCAUUGAGGGUAAAGUCAUCGAUGGCAUCUUUGACGACGGGGCUCAUAUCGCAGAACUUAUUGCCUUGCUUGGGCCUCCACCGCUGGAAUUCCUCAAGAAACUGGACAUGAGCUGGGUGUUCUGGGAUGAAUCCGGGAACUGCAAAAACUUGGUUCCAAUUCCCGACCGAACGUUCGAGAAGUUGGCCGUCAACAUUCAAGGCGAGGAUGUUGAAGGGCUUUUGGGGUGGUUGCGGCGAGCCUUGCAAUGGGACCCUGCAGAUCGUCCAACGGCGCUGGAGCUAUUGAUGGACCCGUGGCUAAUGAAAGGGCUCAAGCUGCGAAAGAAGCUCGAGGAUAAACCUCAUGAUGAAUGGUGUCUUUAUCUAUCUCGUGUGCACACGAGCCGAAUAAGUUGA